UAUAACGUAGUUGAGUCAGUGAGGAGCGCUCGGUUAGAUAGCUAAUAAAGCUAAUGUUGCCUUUUAAUUUGUGUAUCACACUGUAGAGAAUUUUAUUUACAUCGAUGAAAUAUUUCAUCUGGAUUUAUUUUAACUCAGGUAAGUCGAAACGAAGAUGCCUCUGUUCGGUAAAGUAGUGGUCAUUAAGAGGAACGGCGCGGAUGGGACCGAAUUUCCGCUUACAGCACCCUGCCUGUUUGGAAGGAAGCUUGACUGUGAUAUCCGGAUUCAGUUGCCACACGUCUCCAAAGAGCAAUGCAGAAUUGAACAGAAUGAAAAUAAAGAGCUGAUUUUGACAAAUUUGAGCUCCGUCAAUCCAACUCACAUCAAUGGGGAGGUUGUUCAGCAGUCUGAGCGUUUAAAGCAUGGAGAUCUAAUCACAAUUAUUGAUCGUUCUUUUAGGUUUGAGUACCCACCUCCACCAACUCCCAAGAAAAAAAGGUUGUCCACAACGGAGAAAGGUGAAGCUAUCAAGGUCUUGCAAGACCAGCGAGCAGGGAGCACCCCUGGCCCCACAGACAGAAAGAAGUCAGAGCAUUCUUUAGACUCUUGUUUGAAGGAUGGAUCCAACCUGCUGCCCACUUUGGACCAGGGUGUUGAGGUUGCCAAGGGCAGUGGCAGUCAGCUGCCCAGACCCAAUAUGGACCACAGCGAGUCGCCCUUCUUGAAGCUCUGCAACGUGGUGAAGAAGGAUCUGGCUACCAAAUUGCCACAGAAAAGCCAAGCUCCUCCCGGUACGCCUCUCUCAAGGCCCCGAGACGACAGGGAAGAGCCCAGAAAGGCUCCGGUCACUCACACGGAUGUACCCAGCAAAAAAGAUGUGCCGGUAACUCCUGGGCUGGGUAAGAAGAAGCGGCGAUCCUCGAAUGUUGGGUCUGCGAAUGGAGGUGACGGCAUUGCACUUGACGGCACUGUGCACCCUAUGGAGGGCCCACUUGCGGGUGUACAGAUGGUCCCGCCAGCUGUGCCGGGUUCAGCCACUAAACACAAGAAGAGCUCUUCAGGCCCGGACACCCCCACACCACUAGAAUGCAGCAUCACCCAUAGUCCUCAGAAUAAGAGCUAUGAAGCAAUACCGCCGACGUUCAGUGCUAAAGAGGUGGCCCAGCAAAUCCUGUCUGAGUCUUCGGAUGCUGAGAAAAUGCCCAAGUCCCUGAAAGGCAGAAGAAGUGCGGUCUCUCGGCCAGAGAGUCCAGCAGUGACCCCUAAAAGACAGCCAGGCCCCCAGACCUCUCCAGGCCCCAGGAGGGCCGAAGCAGGCCAGUCCCAGACGCCACCCCUAUGCGCUGAUGAGCCUGAACCCAAGCUGGUCUCCAGGACCUCCCCCAGGGCAAACGCAGGCAAAAGGUUUCAAGUCAAAGAUGUGUUGCAUGAGAUUGGGACCACGCCAGCUUGUGAGAACAAAGGUGAUGUCCAACCCUCUGGCAAGAAGCAUAAAAAGGCUGACUUGCCUGUUCCUGUGGCCAAGAGAAAGCGGGUGUCCUUCGGUGGUCAGCUGAGCCCUGAGCUGUUUGAUAGACGCUUGCCACCCAACUCUCCCCUCCGUAGAGGGGCGAGCCCUGGAAGACGGAGCCUGAGCAUCUACCAAAAACCCCAGUCACUCCUCCGGCGAGCAUCCACUAUCGGUCUAAUGAGUUUCCUUCUCGAUGAGGCCAUCCAAGAGAACACAGCUAAGAGCGCUUUGCCCAAACGAACAUCGUCCCCUGGUAAGGGUGCCAAAGUGGCCUCACCAGCCAAGAUUUCUUCUCCGGCAAAGAAGGCCCACAGCCCAAAGGCAAAAACCCCAUCACCCAAAGGUAAAAAAAGCCAGUCCCAGACUCCUACGCCAUCUCCAGCCACAGCAACACCCAAGACCCCCAACUCCACUAGGAGAAGAUCAAAUGAGUCAGUUAAGAUGCCUGGACCUUGUGAGGGGUCAUUGACCCAGACACCUACUGUCCAAGGACGAUUUUCGGUGUCGCAGGUCAGCACGCCGUCACCGGUCUCUGACCAAGAGAGAGAGGUGAAAGGAGCGACAUCUGUCUCAGAGGUUCCCCUGGAUAGUGUGACACCCAAGAUGAACCUGAGGAGGACUAGCAUGAAGGCGUUGUCUAGGAAGACCCCGAGAAGUGCGCUGAAGAGUGCUCUCAAGGUCAUGCGUUCCCGCCGCAGUGGAGCUUCACGAGCCAAUCUGAAAGUUGUCAGUUCCUGGGCUGACAUAGUGAAGUUUGGCCAAAUCAAACUUCAGACAGAUCUUGAAGCUAAGAAAACGGUGCCCAGGAGAAAGGCAGCCAAGCAGACUCGAGUGACCCAACCUCAGACCCCUGUACGAAGACUGAAGGAUGAUACCAGCACUGGCCAUGCAGAUUCUCCUGCUACUGUUGUCAUAGGCAAAGCUUAUAUGAGGAGUGCCCAGACUACAGGUGCAGUCCCUAAAACGGUGUCCAACAUUGUGCUGUACACAAAGGACAGGGAAAUGGACGAGGACUUCACAGGUGUUGCAGAGAUAUUUAAAACCCCAGCUAACAGCAUGAGCGUUGUUGAGCGGGUUAGUGAGUGUCCAGAAACCCCGUUUGGUGUUUCUGUUGGCUCUGUAGCUGAAAUGUCAGUGAUGAACACUCCUGAGGAAUUGGGUGAAAUGAUAGUGUCUCCCAUGAGCGUUGCCACCACGGCCAGACUUGGACAUUACAACAGUGAAGCUGUAUCUCGGCUACUGAAGGACAACCAAGAUGCUAGUUUAUUUCAGCAAGACAGUCCUUCUCAAAUUAAUAACUCGAAUGACUUCCCUGCUUCUGAAGUCAUUUCAGUGCUAGAGAUGCCUGUUGAAGACCAGAUGGAGGAGGAGGAGGCGGAAUGGUCUCAGACAGUGUGCCAAACACCACUGCAGAAACCUGCACCAUCAGACUGUCUUACAGGACUCAAGAAGCUUAUGACAACACCUAAGCAGAGAGCUGAACCAAUAGAAGACCUGAGUGGCAGAUUACCCAGGACUCCUAAGGAGCGAAAAGAGCCUCAGGAGGAGAGUUUGAAAGGUGUUAAAGAGCUUGUUAACACCCCCAAACAAAUGGAAAUGCUCUUGGAAGACACAACUGGAUUUAAAAAGUUGGAUAGCAGCCAAACAGUGUGUUCUUCAGGCCUCAGCAGCAUUAUGAGGACCUCUAAGUACAAAACCGAGCAAGAGGAGGACCUUACUGGAGUGAAGCAACUAAUGCAAACCCCUAAGUUCAAGGGGCAGCCAGUAGAGAAGGUAUUUGGAGUGAAGAGGUUGAUGAAGACCCCCAAACAGAAAAGCGGACCUGUUGAGGAAGACCUGAGUGGCAUUCAACAGUUGAUGAAGACCCCCAAACAGAAGAGCGGACCUGUUGAGGAGGACCUGAGUGGCAUUCAACAGUUGAUGAAGACCCCCAAACAGAAGAGCGGACCUGUUGAGGAGGACCUGAGUGGCAUUCAACAGUUGAUGAAGACCCCCAAACAGAAGAGCGGACCUGUUGAGGAGGACCUGAGUGGCAUUCAACAGUUGAUGAAGACCCCCAAUCAGAAGAGCGGACCUGUUGAGGAAGACCUGAGUGGCAUUCAACAGUUGAAUACCCCCAAACAGAAGAGCGGACCUGUUGAGAAGGACCUGAGUGACAUUCAACAGUUGAUGAAGACCCCCAAACAGAAGAGCAUACCUGUUGAGGAAGACCUGAGUGGCAUUCAACAGUUGAUGAAGAGCGGACCUGUUGAGGAAGACCUGAGUGGCAUUCAACAGUUGAAUACCCCCAAACAGAAGAGCGGACCUGUUGAGGAGCACCUGAGUGGCAUUCCACAGUUGAUGAAGACCCCCAAACAGAAGAGCGGACCUGUUGAGGAGGACCUGAGUGGCAUUCAACAGUUGAUGAAGACCCCCAAACAGAAGAGCGGACCUGUUGAGGAGGACCUGAGUGGCAUUCAACAGUUGAUGAAGACCCCCAAACAGAAGAGCGGACCUGUUGAGGAAGACAUGAGUGGCAUUCAACAGUUGAUGAAGACCCCCAAACAGAAGAGCGGACCUGUUGAGGAAGACCUGAGUGGCAUUCAACAGUUGAAGAAGAGCGGACCUGUUGAGGAAGACCUGAGUGGCAUUCAACAGUUGAAGAAGAGCGGACCUGUUGAGGAAGACCUGAGUGGCAUUCAACAGUUGAAGACCCCCAAACGGAGAAGGGAUAACGCGGUGGAGAACCUCACUGAACCUGCAGAACCAAUGAGAAAGUUAACCUCUGAUGUAACUGAAACGAAACAAAAUAACACGAGUGCGUCAGCUAAGAUACAAGAGCCUCUGGUUUCUGUGGCCUCUGAUGUUUUGUCUGUGGAAGAUGAUGAGGAUCUGGAAGACAAGGAAAACAUCUGCCCAGCUGAGGGCAUGAACAGCAAAACCGAGGCAGCUAUUGCUAUCCAGGAGGUUUCACAGGUAGAGCUGGAGAAAGAGGCAGAAACCACCCUGAAAACAAAAAUGAGCCAAUCAGACGAAGAGAACGAGAUUAUCUCAGUUGAAAUAUCUUGUUCUAAGGAGAACAGUCAAAUCUUAGAUCCACUUGUGGGAGCCGAGUGCACUUAUCAAGACCUAGAUGCCACUCCAUCUUUGUCUGCUGUUGAGCAAGUGGGAAAAUCAUGUCAUGCUAAGAAGAACCAGCAUGGUGGACGGGUGAAAGCACAGAAACCCCAGCAGAGUGACCGUGGUGAUUCUGCGUCUGCUGUAGUGCCAGGAAAGAACAAGUGUACUAGUGUUGAUGCCGUGGAGACUCCUGCACCGAGACGGAGGAGAGGUAAGGCCUUUGUCGUGGAGCUCGAGAUCGCCCCUGUGCCGAGUCCUGUUAGAAGAUCUGCUAGAGGGAUGGUUCCAAAGCACCAUUUUGAAGAAGAAAGGCGUGUGGAGGCACCAAAACUGCCUCAGAGCGUCGCAGAUGGCAAGCAGAAUUCAAAAUGUCCAUCUGCAGCUAAAGCCAGGAGGGCCCAGAAAGCUAAACCUGAUGUCAUGGUCGGGCAGGUUUUGGAGACAAAGACAUCUGCUGACCCGACGACUGCUGAACCUCCUAAAGUGGUAGAGGCCUUACAGAAAUCGCCAGUUCCUGCAGCCAAUGGCAAACGAGGACGAGGCGCUAAGCAGGAGGCUGAGAAGUCCCUUCUUGUCCCUACUACACAAGAACCACAACGUAUGAUCGUUCCUGAAGGUGUGGUUGUGGAAACAGACAUGGCACCAGGAGGCAGUGAACUUCAGUCUUUGGCAGAGGCCAACACGAGAAGUAGGAGAGGCAGGGGACGCAAGAAGGAAACCCUGAAGGCAGCACAAGUUGAAGAAAUGACCGAAUCCACCACAGCUAACGUGGAACCAGACAGCUCUAAGGUUGUGGUUGUGUCUGAUGGACAACCGCAAACGUCUGCGGUGAAGCCGAGACGGGGGAGGAGGGCAAAACCAGGGGCUCUGAAGGACCAAGCAGUGGUCGCUGAGCCACCGGCUGAUGCUGAGCCUGUGGCGGUUGUACACCCACCAGCCAGGUCCAGCCGAGGGGCCAGGCCCAGAGUGCUAAAACCUCAGGCAAACCAACCUGCUGUAGAACCCAGCGCAUCAGCAACUGAGCCUGUGCGUUGCGAGCAAGUGGUGGUGAAGAACAUCAGGGGAGGCAGGAGAAAAAUGCAGCCUAAAGCUCAGGCCUCAGAAGACACCCAGGAAGUAGACGAAGACAAGCCGCAAGUGGACAGCGAUCGUGCAGGACAGACGGAAGCCCCAGCCAUCAAAUCUGCGCGAGGUAAAAGGGCGGCUACCAUCCGGGAGCCGGAGGUUGCUGUCAAAAGAGGACGGCGUGGUGCUGCCACGGCUUCAGCUGCUGCCGAGGUUCCUCCUCCAGCUGUCAAGUCCAGUCGUGGCAGGAAAGCCACCGUCAAAGUGGAAGAUGCUCCCGUACCAGAAGAACGAGUCAGAGAGACUAGCGAGGCAGGGAGGGUGGCCGCAUCGGAGAAGAAUUGGACUCCGGUUGCUGAGGCGGGGCCUGGAGGAGCUCAAGACACUGGCAGCGAGGUCGUGGGUAAGAGAGGACGAGGCAGGCUGGCUAAGAAAGCCAAGGUUUCAAGCGAGGACAACUCUGUCAAGGAAGCUGAGGAGUUGACUACAGCCAAAGAAUCUGCUCUCGACUGUGAAAACAGGAAAACCUCCAAGAAAACUGUUAAUUGGAACUCCGAUCUGGUGUGCAUCAGAGAGGUCAAAUUGGGCAAGGAAGAACUCGAGCAGAAGUCCAAAAAGAAGGCUGACCCGGCAGCUAUGGCUAUUAAAGAGCCCUCGGUCAUGGAGACCAAACAGCCAGAAGGUCCCCCAGCCAAAAGCCGCAAAGGGGGAGUGGUGAAGAGACGAGAUGAACCUGCUGCACGGCAGUCUGAGGUGGCUGCUGAGGAGAAUGCUUCACGGGCCGGGAGAGGAAGAGCAGCUGCUUCCAGAGCCAAUGAUGGCAUGGCAGCCUGUCCGAAAAGGGGGAACAGAAAUAAGGAGAUGGAGACUGCGGCCGAGGAAACACCGGGUGUGAAGUCCACGCCAAAAACUAAGACGGGCAAAGCGGCCCGUCCACAAGCUCAGGUAGAAGUGGACGUGCUGGGCAAACGGAGGAGGGCACCGGCGACGCGGGUGGCUCCUGCUGCCGAAGCAGAACCGAGCGAGCCUGCCGCGGACAACGGCAAACCUGAGCGGGGCAAAAGGAAAGCGGCUCGGGACGUUUCCGCGCAGGCCGAGGGCCCUACCUCAGUAGCGACCCCUCGUCGUGGGACCAGAGCUCAGAAAAAGGUUGAAACGGUCAUCUCUUCAGCUCCCCUGAAGCGAACAAGGAGGAAGUAAAGCACUGAUCCCGAGGAGUAGUUGUAAAUAUUAAAGUGAAGUAUAGUGCUUUUUUAUAUAUUGGACCACAAGAAUUAUGAUGUUUAUACUGUUUUUUUCUUACCAGUUUGACUUAAAAAAAAAAGAAUGCCACAAAAAAUGCUGUCAUUUUAAAUGUCUUUUUUGAAAUUUGUGGAUUUUUACAUUUUUUUUUUAAUGCUUGAAAAGGAUGGAAUAUAAUCUUUUGUAUUAACAAAAAUGUCCUUUUUUAUUUCUUGCUUGAAAAUAUCCUAUACUCGUAGAUUUUAGAUCUCAUGUUUGUUUAAAAAAAAAUCUUUAAAAACAGGAUUAGUAAACAAGUUCUUCCAGGCUGUCACCAACUUGUAUGUUAAGGUAGUAUGUUUUAUGACUUAAGUAAAGUUUUUUGAGAAAUUAUCAAUAAAAUCUGUGCUCUCA